CGGCCGGCCAUGAAUCCCAUACGCCGGAGCUGUCAGUCAGCCCGACUCGGAUUAAACCCAACAGUACCGAUCGCAAGUGGCUCGCGACGCGCAUUCUCUCAAUGCAGGGCGUGCCAGCGGGGUUCUCUACCCCAAUUCCUCACGCCGUCAACCCCCGAGCUCUCGACACUGCUCUCGCGACUGAAUUCCAAAAUCCUUCUCCCGGCACACCUGAACCACGACCAACAACUACUUGUCUAUAAGAAGAAGAACCAGACUCGUCUCGAAGCCGAAACAAUCAACAUCACCCUUGGCGAGGUCACGCUCCCUCUGGAGCACAUCGACCGCAAUCGUGACAUCCCCAACAAAUGGCAUACUUUCAAGACUGUUGUGGAGGAGUCGUCCACGCCAGAGGAUUGGGAGAAUGUGCUGAGAAUGGUGGAGGGAUUUCAAGAUGCGAGUAUACAAUUGCCGGAGGGCUGGAUGCAGAAGGUGGUCAGGAGGUUGAAUCAGGCGGGCAUGCAGCAUUUGGUGCUGAAAGCGCUGCAGAGGGCUAGCGCUACGGGCAUGAGUUUGGAGGAUCCGGCUAUUGCACACUUCGUCAUGAUGGGAAUCCAUGACAAAGCGGCCUCCUCGAAUUGGGAGAAAGAGGAGACAAAGAAAGCGCUGAGUAUGGCGGAGCAAGUCGUUGAGCUAAUGGAGCGGAAAGAGCAUUUGGGACGGAAUGACGUCCUCCCGGGCGACCUGAGAUCGAGUCCUUUCGUAAUAGCCAUCCCUCUCGAGAUGGCUGCUGUGAGGGUGAAGAAGUAUACCGAAGGUCAGGAUAAGGACGGAAAGGUCGCGAGGUAUGCAUUGAAGAUCAUGAUUGCCCUUGAGCAGGAUGAUUGGGUCAAGGUCAGCCUCGCCAAGGAACUAACGGCCAUGACUCCAUCUCAGGGUCUCAGAUCCGCUAAAGACACGCUACUAAAUCUCAGACGCAGAAUUUGGAAGCUCAUUCCGUUGUGGAACGCCCUGAAGACAGCGAACAGUGUCCUCGGUGCCAAUAUGCCAAUGGCAAAGGAGGCCCAGAAACUAGUCGCUAAUCUUCGAAGGGGACUUGCCGAUGGCGAAGUGUCUAUUGAUGAAUUAACCGCUACGAAGACAGAGGGAUAUGUAAGAUCUGUGAGAAAGGCGAUCAAGGACUGUGAAGAGCUCUAGGGUGAAGAAUUCUGUGUACCAUAUUGUACUGUAUUGUAA